AUUCUUCAAAAUGGCCGAUCAUAAACAAGGAUUUUUUUCGGUAAGUUUUUCUUAAAUUUCUCGUUUUUCUAACAAUAAAUUUGUACAGAAAUGAGUUUGUACAAAAAUUUUAUAUUUUGGUUUGCCUAAUUUCGUGUGUGAAUAUCAUAUUUCGUUCAGGGAACUUUGGUGGUAUGUUUGUCAUUUCUUGUGUUCGCCGUGAAGGCAUUUUAUUUGCCUGGAAUUGCUCCUAUCGACUAUGAAAGUGAAGGCCCUUUGGAAAUAAAGGUAGAGAGUUCAAAGUACUUUGUUCAGAGUGCUUAAAUUUGGCUAUAAACCGUCGCAAUUGAUCUCCCAGGAAAGAUCUUAAAAGAUCUUUCACAAAUAUUGAACUCUCAGCAAGCGUCUUGCAAAAUAGAUUCGGGAAAAAUUGACAGUAUUUAUACAUGAUUGGUGAAUUUUCAUUUUGAUUUGUACUUUCAACAUUCUUAAAAUAUUUGCUGACAUAUUUGGUACACAUGUUAUUUUGUUUAUGUAAUGUAUAAAAUAAAUAGAGGAAUUAGCUAGCAAGUACCUGACAGUGAAGUGUGAAGUUGGUCGGUGUUGCCCCCAGGAUUUUUUAGGGAAAACAUUUUGCCCCCCUAGGAAGUGCUUGAUAUAAACAAUUCAAACACUAAUCUGCCACAAAUGUCUUAAUUUCAUUGUGUUUAAUACCUAUUUGGUCACUUUUGUGCCCUUGGCAGACCUCUCAACUUUGCAGAGAAGUUAAGAGUGAGAUUGGGGAUGUGGAUGACACCUUUGUAAAAGUUCGGGGGUCUGGCAUUUCGUACAUUAUGAGAGCUGGUGUUUUUUAAUGAAAUACAUUGCUUCAUAACGUCCUUUAAGACAAGGCACUUUAGUUACAAUAACUGUAUUGCUGCGACAUACAGUAAUGAGCUUUAAUUUGCCUUUGAUAAUUUACAUAUAGAAUUCUGCUCCGAGUGUUCUUCCUUUUGUCUGCCGUAAUUACAUAAUUAUGCGUACUAUUUUGUAUCCAAAUUGCGGGCAAAAUGUCGGGCCGUAUAUGCAGGAACAAUAACACACGAUUAUAUAUUUGAUUCGCGAUCCGUAUAAUGAUUAAUAAUGUGCAUUUAUUAAGAAUACAAUAUUAUAUUAUUGAAAAAAUACUAUGAAACUGCUAUAUGCGUGAGAUUUACUAAACGUGGCGUGAGAGCAUGAGAGUGAAGCGAAUUGUGUGAGACUCACGCCGAAUGUGUGAGAGUUGAGAGGUCUGCCUUGGGCUUGGAGACUGUUUUGUGGCUCUGCCCCUAGAUUUUUAGCUUUUGUGCCCCAGAGAUCUCAUUGAAAACUGCCUUGUGUUGAAAAGUGACUUGAAAUCGACAAUAUUGGGUUGAUACAUUAACUAGCAGGUUGAUGAUUUUGUUCAAUUGUCUAAUGAAAGGGUAUGAUCGUUGUUAUUUAGGCUGUAAAGAUGACGAGUAUCAAGACACAGCUGCCUUAUGAUUAUUAUUCAUUACCAUUUUGUGCACCUGCUAAGAAACAGUACAUUCCAGAAAAUUUAGGUAAAUUGUGAUGGGUCAUUAGAGCUCGACAAGUGGACUCUGUGGCUCAGUUGGUUAGAACGCUGUAUAUGCUGUAUAAUACCAUGAUCACCUCGAUUUUCAUUGUUCUGAAAGGGAAUGUAAAUCCUGUAUUUCCCUCAUUACCCAUGCAUACGCUUUUGUCUUCUAAAUUUUCCCGGGAAAUUUAGUUGAAAACAAAAGAUUUCUUUGUCUUCUAAUUCGACCCUGCAUGCUUGAUGAGGGAAAUAAUUUUCCCAAAGACAAAGAAAUCUUUUGUCUUUUACUAAAUUUCCCAGAAGACAAAAGCCUACUUCCAAAGCGUACCUUGUGCUUCGCUUUAGGACUGUUCGGUAUACCGAUAUACCGAAAAUAUCGGUAUUAAAUCAAUAUCGGUAUAUCGAUACCGGAUAUUGAACCAUACCGAUAUAUACCGAUAUUUCCGAUAUACCGGAAUGUUUCAGUAUACCGUGUUAAAUUUACCAACUAUAUGGCAAAACCAUAACCUUUAUUUUACUGCUGAAUAGCAUUUCAAAGAACUUUCUACUGCAAUGAUUUAGAAUUUCCACUUCAGUGAGAUUUUACACUGAGUAUGUGUCGUUCGAAACAGCUGCGAAAUUAUCGUUUUCCCUUUUAGAAUUGCUCAAAAUUUCUUCAAAUUUCCAUUAAAGAAUUUUCUUUUAUUAUAAUUAUCAAAGGAAAACCGGUAUAUACCGAUAAUGGGUCGUUCCAGAAAAGAUCCAUACUCCCCCCACGGAGGAAAUUUCAGCCGUCCGGAGGGGGAGGGGAGAAAAAAUUGUUUCGGAUAAUAGUAAAUGUAUUAGGACAUCCGAAGCGGGUAGGGGGGUUAACUUCCUAUUCCUCCAUGGGGAUGGUAUGGAUGUUUUCUGGAAUGACCCAAUAUCAGUAUAAUUUUUUCGGUAUACCGAUACCGGAAAUUUCUCAUACCGAACAUUCCUACUUCGUUUUGCACCGUCCCUGUGAAUUUUUGCACCUCCCCUGAAAAGUCAUGCACCUCCCCUUGAGGAAUAUAAGUUUCAAUGAUAGAUCAAUUCAAAGUGAAAAUUUGACAUUUUUUGGUUGCUUAGGGUCCACACUUCAUCAGAACGUUUUUCUGUAAAAUUGAAACACUCUGUGAUAGUCAUUCAUCACUGUGUCAAGUACAAUGUUUUAAAAGAAACUUUGUAGUAAUUGUAAUGAAGGGCAAAAUUGGAUGAGUUGUACAAUCAUAAUUCAUUUAAUAUACUGAUACAUACCAGGUGAUCUUGAUACGUGGAAAAGUACUGGCACUAGUUGUCAAAUAGAAAUCCAUUUUAUGAUUAAAACAACUGAAUAUCUCCUGUAAUAUACUUUAUUUCGAUUCCAUAUUUUUGUCAGAGUUAUAGUUCCCGUAACCAAACAUAAUUACAAAAUUUCAACUAGUUUCAUAAAGAAUAAUGAAAGAUAUAAUUGACUGAAUACAUCAAAAUGGAUUUCUAUUCGGACAACCCUUUCUGAGCACUAAUUGGCUAAAAUACGAACACGAGAUCACCUGGCCUAUAUACACUACAUACAUAAGUCGUUGACUUCUGCCCGUUCUAAGCCCUAACUUUCCAUGGGGGUCGUGAGGUAGACCGCUGUACCUCUCCUAAAUUUUUUCCACCACAAUUUUGACUAAAAUCUGGCCUUGGAAUAGACCUUUCCCCUUUUGAGUGAAAUUUUGAUCUAGACGAGUCUGGACAAAAAUUUCAUCACAGCUUGAAAGAACAUCACAAAAUUAAUAAUAUUCCGAAGUUUCGUUGCGAAAUGUUGUAAAAUGCGGGUCGUAUAAUCAAACUGAUUACCAAUUUCCCAUUUGUAAUGCAAAAUGACUGAAAAACGGCAAAACUUCGCAAGGCUAUAUUAUCCGCAUUUUACAACAUUUCGCAACAAAACUUUGGAAUAUUACUAAUUUUGUGAUGCUCUUUCAAGCUGUGAUGAAGGCUUGUCUAGAUCAAAAUUUCACUCAUAAGGGAAAGGUCUAUUUAUCAUAAAUAAAAUGGCUACUUUCAGUAAAAUUGUCAAAAUUAAUUGAUGCAUUUUAAAUUUUUUUCAGGUGAAGUGUUGAGAGGUGAUAGAAUUGUGAAUACACCAUACAAGGUAAGCUUGUCGAGGAUGGUGAUUUCUUUGGAAAAUGUUAGAAUUGCUUGGUUAACUUGCCUUAAUUGGUUAGUUAUGCACACUGCUGAUACCAACCAGGAAAUUUUAUAUUUCCACACAACCCUACCAUUCUCAAGGUGUUUUGCAUGAUGAUUUCUAAAUUGAUCAGCUCUUUAAGUACUAUCAUGGAUAAUAAAAUAAAUGGAUAGGAAACUAGCUGACGUGACCUAAUGUUUUCAAUGAGUUGAUGGCGUGGUUGGAUGCCUCAACCUAGUUGAAAACCAAAUUCUCAAAAACGGCAUGUUUAGCAAUAAUACAGCUAAACAUUUUAGUCAAAGAGCAAAUAAAUAUAACCACGCCAUUUUUCGAUGAAAACUCUGUAUUCCCAAUCAAUUUUAGCAAAUAUUUCAAGCACUAAACAGUGAAAAUACAUCGCAAAUUUUGUUAAAAUUUGUGACGCCAAUUUCGUAGCUACAAAUGUAAAAAAUACAAAUAAAUAAAAAAAGUAAAAAAUACAUUUGUUGUGGCUUAGGCAUGUUUUUAAAACAAUUAGACCAGUUUAUGCUUCAAUAUCACCCUUUUAAAGUUGAAAAUAUAGCAAAACAAAUGCCGAGAACUUUGGUAACAUUCGCAAUACGUGUGACGUCACGUUUUUCAACAAGGAUGCAGUCAAUUACGUCAGGAAGUUUCCUAUCCAGUUAUUUUACAAUCCAUGGUACUAUUUAACCCAUUGAGUGGCAGCACUCUCCCCCUGACGAGUAAAAUUGUCUGGCGUUAGACAGAGUAAAAUAACAACGCAGGGCACAUUGGGGCGCAUUGCCACUUAAUGGAUUAACAGGGUGCAUGGGCAGAUCGUCUGAUUAAUCCAUUGAGUGGCAGCACUCUCACAUGGCUUAAAAAGCGACCCAUCUGAUGAGUACAUCAGCCAUUCCGAAGUUGAUGAGAGGAUUGGGGACAAGUGUUAAAAAGUGCCCAAAUUAAGAAAUGAACCAAAUCUCUAAAAAGACCACCUCAAAAUUAGUACGUAUACAAAGUUUGAAGACGUUUACAUGAAUACCCUUCGAAUAAUAAGCUUUCGAAAAACGUGAUGUUUACUAUGAAAUGUACUGUAAAAACAGUCUUUUAAUCAGUAAUUUCAUAAUUUUCAAAAGCUUAUUAUUCGAAGGGUAUUCAUGUAAACGUCUUCAAACUUUGUAUACAAACUUUGAUUCGGUUCAUUUCUUAAUUUGAGCACUUUUUAACACUCGUCCCCAGUCCACUCAUCAACUUCGGAAUGGCUAAUUGGCGAAGUAAUUUUUAAAAUAAACAUUGUCUAAGCCGAGAAAAUCAAAGCUAAAGUUUAUGUAAAUUAACAUGAUUUUUUAUAUAAAACCACCCACACAGCAGUGAUUCCCUAAGUUGUAUUUUCCUCGUGAAUGGACGACUUGCGCUUUAGAAAAAUUUUUAAUCUGGGAAUAACAAAGGAUAUUUUCGGAAAGAAGUUAUCAAAAUUAGAAAAACUGCAAAGUUUGGUUGCGAAAUGUUGUAAAAUACGGAAAAUAUAGCCCUGCGAAGUUGGCAAAUUUGUAUACAUUUCUAUUACGUGCGGAAAUUGGUAACUAAUUUAGUUACCAAUUCACGCACGUAAUACAAAAGUAUACAAAUUUGCCAACUUUGAAGGGCUAUAUUUUCCGUAUUUUACAACAUUUCGCAACCAAACUUUGUAAUAUUACUAAUUCCAAGACGCUCCUUCUAGCUGUGGUGAUAGAUUUCGUUGUUCUUACUUAGAUUAAAAUUUAGUCUAAAGCGCAAGUCGUCCAUUCUUAAUGAGUUUUUGAAAUGUAGUAAAAAUAUGUCAUAGGUGAAAGUGAUGAUAAAUAAAUCCUGCACCAUUCUAUGUGACAAAACGUGGUCUCCUGAAGAAUCUCAAACUGUAGCCAAGAGAAUCAAAGAAGAUUACUCUGUUCAUAUGUAAGUGGACAGAAAGUUGUUUUUAUCGACAAACAACUUGUUAUAAAUUGUAGAAUCAAUACAGUCGAACCCCUAGAUUAAGUGAACUCCUUCGGGACCUCACCGAUGUGUCCGCUUGAUAAGGGUAUGUGCGUAAUAAGGUGUGGAACACAUCAGGAGUAGCACCCAUGUUCUCUUGCAAGCAACAUUGCAAUAGUGUCUCACAAUAUUGCAAUUUUGAUAGGUAGAUUGCUCUGAGCAAUUUUCAACCGACGUGAACAGAUUGCAAGUUGAAACUCACAAAAGAUUUGUAAACAAUUAGCAUCGCUGAUUGAACUAUAAGAAACAGAGAAGCACCAAUCCAGUUGCUCAGACUAUUUGACUCGCUUCCUUUUUGCUAAUAGUCCAAUCAGAGGCUUUGUUUACAAUUUUUUGUGAAGUUCAACUUGCAAUUUUGUUCGCGUCGGUAGCAAAUUGCUCAGAGCAAUCUGCCUAAUCAUAAUUGCAAUAUUGUGGGACAAUCUUGCAAUGUUGCUCGCAAGAGAACAUCCGGUUUGACUGUAGGAGGGGGGCAGGGUCUUAGCUAGGAUUUUAGAUCUUGGGCGUGUUUCUAAUGAUCAGGGUGUGCACAUGUCAAUUACCUUGAAUAGCAAAAUCACGGUUCUAGUUAUGCUCGCCAACAAUAAUGCCUGUGGUUGUUCUAUAUGCUUUGCAACCAAAUACAAGACGAGCAUACACUCGUAUUGCGCACCGACAUUAAAAUAUUAAGUUAUUUCAGCAACUCUUGGGGUAUUAAAUCCAUUUUAACACCAUACAGUUCCCAUUAUCCAUCAAAACAUUAAAACAUCACGGAUCACUUUUGCCAAUUCAACAACAACAGUAGAUUUACAAACAUUCUUGCGACGUAAAUAGGAAGAAAUUCUGUCUGUUGUAAGUAGCACCACCUUAUUUUAUGAACCUACAUGGCCUUAUAUAAAUAGUGAAUCCGCGUUCAUUUUAUCUAGCCGUGUUUUUCCACUUUCGGCCGCGAUAACGCGGCCAACACGGCCCUCUAGCGUAUUGUUCUUGCAUGUUUUAAGACUUGGAGUAUUUUUUUCUUGCAGGCUGGUUGAUAAUCUUCCAAUAGCUACAAAAUUUCGAACUUUGGAUAAUACCGAGGUGAACUACUAUGAUAAUUUGUGUUUCUUAUAUGUUCCGUCAGUAGGGCCACUAAUAAUCAAUGUUGCUUUUUCUAGUUUCAAUAUGAACAUGGCUUUAAACUUGGCUAUGAAAGAGAUGGAAAAGUAAGAUUUGUGUCUGAAAUUCUUGCAUGUUCAUUAAUUAUAGCCAAUGUACACUACACAACUUUCGCCUCAAAGUGUUGUAUAUGCAUCCUGGUUACAACUUCACGACUUGCCUAUGUUGCCAUAGGUGAGUGCAUGGUGUGCUUGAUUUAAUGAGGUUACAUAAUAACCAAGGUUAAUAUCAUAGGAACCGCGCGCAGUCUGGGUACGCAGGCCUUAAAAUAUCUUUUACAUGGCCGUCUGACAAAAUGUCCGAUGACGUUGAGUUUGGGUCGGACAUAUGUCCGAUGACCUUCAGUUCAGUUUUGACUUCGAGUAAGUCUGAAUGACACGUCAAAUGAAUAUCAGCACAAUGUAUUAAUUCUGAACGGUAAAUGUUGUAAAGAUAUUAAAUAAUUCGUUUCUUUCAUACUUAUUUCCAAGCCAAAAUUAACUUGCUUUCCAGAACAGCAGUAUUAAAAAAAGACUUCGACAACUUAAGCCCGUUUUCCACUUCAUUAUUUCGCUCGCCACCCCACGCUCGACUACGCUAAAACAACAUUUCCAGUUCACCUUCUAUACAAUAGUACUCUGGUUUUCCAUUUAAUAUACAAGCCUCUAGUCCUGGGCUAGGGUACAUUUGAUUUACGAUGGACAAAGCUACAUUUCGGUCGGACACCAAUUCACUCGGGUCGGACAAACAAUAAACCUCAGUUUCACUUAGGUCGGACAGAAUGUCCGGUGGUUUCCUCUCUACGUCGGACAAUUUCACGAAUGGGUCGGACAAUGUCCGUGACCGACCGAUAUUUUAAGGCCUGCGGGUACGACAUGUGCCCUCAGGAUAUCGGAUAUAGAGAGUGCCAAGCAGACUCUCGGGUCAUUAGCUAAUUCAUAGCCAACUGCAAUGGUUAUCUGCUCAGAGAAGAAGCAAUUUUUUUUUUCAUGACUACAAUUGAUUUUCAAUUUAAUUUCCAUCGAACAAAGUUCGGUGUGAUAAGGUGCAGACGUUCGGUGGUCAGCUCCUGAAUGGACAGGUCCACGUGAUUCGGACCUGAAUCCAAGUAACUCAAAUCCGUAGAUCAUUAGCUGACCACGUCUGCACCUAACCAUCCACACGGGUAAGUAUGGUGACGACAGAUAUUGACACAGUACAAUUCCAGCGGUGUAGCCAGCCCAACAAUUUGGUCCCGCUAUGCAAAUUUCAACUCAUUAUUAUCAUUCAUUUCUUUAGAAAUUGAUUGUGUUGAUAGUUUAUAAACAUGGCAAUAUUUGCAUAGCGAGACUGCAGUGUAGAUUAUAACGGUCGGCAGUCGGCUAUUUGCCAAACAAAAACACCAAAUGGCCGAUCAAUUUCAUUCUGCACGGACAUUUUGACCGAUCAAAUAAAAUAGACAAUGUUCAUUUAAAUUGAAGGUAGCUUAUAUAAAAAGGACUGUUUGAAAAGCAUACUAUACCUACUGUACCAUGCAAUCAAUAAAUAUUUGGAUGAAAAUUGAAAAAAGCAUUCAGAGGAAACAUUGUCAUUGAGCUUCUCUUUUAGCAAAUACUCUCUCAAGUGACCGAAUCUCGAUAGUAAGUCUAUAGCGUUUCCAAUACUUACUACUUACAAAAAGAGGUUUUAUUUUUUCGUAAAAAUGGUUGAAAUAGUUGGCCGACCAUUCUUUGCCAAUGUCCGAGCAACAAUCUUGUUGGUCGGACAUUUGUCAGACCUAAGCAAAAACGUUAUAAUCCACACUGCGAGACUGAAUUGUCGGGCUGGCUAUAUGCCACUGUACAACUAAAGUUGUAAGCAGGUUGCAUGUGACGGUUCUAGGCAAAAUUGUGCAGUGUAAAUGGGCCUUUUGUUACUUUCAUUGUUAUGGUAAUCAAAACUAUAUUUCUUCAAUUUGUAGAUCUAUAUCAAUAAUUUUCUUCAUUUGGUAAUCAAGUAUCACAAAGAUAACUCGUAAGUUAUGUUACUAAUGUCUAACACCCCCCCUAGAGAAGUUUAGAACCACCCUAAAAAAUCUGCUUGACCAUACGUUUUCUGCAUUUCGAAAAUAUGUAAACAUGUUGAGGUUGUUGUUGUACAGCCAUAUUUUCAAAUAUACUGUACUUUAAACCAUCAAGCACCAGUGCUCUCCCCUUGACGAGUAAAAUCGCCUGGUGUUAGUCAGAGUAAAAUAAUAAAGUAUUGCGCAUCAGGGCGCAAUGCGACUCAAUGGAUUAACAAGCAAAUUUACUGUACUGUACUACAGCAACUGUCCAGUCACGCACACGUGAUAAAAGGCCGAUAUAAACUUUAUAAACAAACGAUAGUGUAAAACGUAACAGAACGGCGAACAUGCAGAUUCGGCCAUCUCAAAUAAAAGUAAUGUUGGGAUAGUAACGUUGUAGACUGCAGAGGAGAGUGGGCAGUAAAGCUACCUCAUCAUGCACCACCCCAUGGAAAACCUGCACCCCUUAAGGCUAGAUCCGCCCAUUUUAGCUAAGUGCUCUAAAGUUAUUUUAGCCUUUGUUGUCAGUAACGAAUCUCGCUUGAUUUGUUUUGUAGUGGGUCAUUUCGUGUUGUCGGCUUUGAAGCUCAACCAAUGAGGUAUUGUUUACUUGUCUGGCUUUAAAAUCAGUGGCGAAGCCAGCCAUGGUAACUGGUCAUGCUAUGCUAAUAAGCCUGCAAAUAGGUUAAAGACAAUACAUUUCUAAAUGUUUUAAUAAUGCUAAUCAUUAAACAUUUACAUAGCUCGCCACUGUUUAAAGUUUUCUCUACACAUCAAAAUUGUGAAAUUUGGCAAAAAUGAUAUUUUUCAUUAGCUGCAUAUUAAAUUGGCAUGUGUUUAUUUUGGUUGCAGCUUAGUAAUGGCAACAGUCAUAGUCAUAGUAGUCAUAGUCAUAGUCAUAGUCAUAGUCAUAGUCAUAGUCAUUAGUCAUUAGUCAUUAGUCAUUAGUCAUUAGUCAUAGUCAUUAGUCAUAGUAUAAUAGUCAUAGUAUAGUAGUCAUAGUCAUAGUAGCCAUAGUUACAGUAGUAGUAGUAAUAGUAACAGUCAUAGUCAUAGUAGUCAUAGUCAUAGUAGUCAUAAUCAUAGUAGUCAUACUCAUAGUCAUAGUGGUCAUAAUAGUCAUAGUGGUCAUAAUAGUCAUAGUGGUCAUAGUGGUCAUAGUGGUCAUAGUAGUCAUAGUCAUAGUAGCCAUAGUGGUCAUAGUAGUCAUAGUCAUAAUCAUAGUAGUCAUACUCAUAGUCAUAGUGGUCAUAGUAGUCAUAGUCAUGGUAGUCAUAGUCAUAGUAGUCAUGGUCAUAGUGGUCAUAGUAGUCAUAGUCAUAGUAGUCAUAGUAACAGUCAUAGUCAUAGUCAUAAUGAUAGUAGUCAUACUUAUAGUCAUAGUGGUCAUAGUAGUCAUAGUCAUGGUAGUCAUAGUCAUAGUAGUCAUAGUCAUAGUAGUCAUAGUGGUCAUAAUAGUCAUAGUAGUCAUAGUAACAGUCAUAGUCAUAAUAGUCAUAGUCAUAGUAGUCAUAGUCAUAAUAGUCAUAGUCAUAGUAGUCAUAGUCAUAGUGGUCAUAGUAGUCAUAGUAGUCAUAGUAACAGUCAUAGUCAUAGUCAUAGUCAUAGUCAUAAUCAUAGUAGUCAUACUCAUAGUCAUAGUGGUCAUAGUAGUCAUAGUAGUCAUAGUAGUCAUAGUCAUAGUAGUCAUAGUCAUAGUAGUCAUAGUGGUCAUAGUAGUCAUAGUCAUGGUAGUCAUAGUGGUCAUAGUAGUCAUAGUAGUCAUAGUCAUAGUAGUCAUAGUGGUCAUAGUAACAGUCAUAGUCAUAGUCAUAGUCAUAGUCAUAGUCAUAGUCAUAGUCAUAGUCAUAAUCAUAGUAGUCAUACUGAUAGUCAUAAUGGUCAUGGUAGUCAUAGUAGUCAUAGUCAUGGUAGUCAUAGUCAUAGUAGUCAUAGUCAUAGUAGUCAUAGUGGUCAUAGUAGUCAUAGUCAUAGUAGUCAUAGUAACAGUCAUAGUCAUAGUCAUAAUCAUAGUAGUCAUACUCAUAGUCAUAAUGGUCAUAGUAGUCAUAGUAGUCAUAGUCAUGGUAGUCAUAGUCAUAGUAGUCAUAGUCAUAGUGGUCAUAGUAGUCAUAGUCAUAGUAGUCAUAGUAACAGUCAUAGUCAUAAUCAUAGUAGUCAUACUCAUAGUCAUAGUGGUCAUAGUAGUCAUAGUAGUCAUAGUCAUGGUAGUUAUAGUCAUAGUAGUCAUAGUCAUAGUAGUCAUAGUGGUCAUAGUAGUCAUAGUCAUAGUAGUCAUAGUAACAGUCAUAGUCAUAGUCAUAAUCAUAGUAGUCAUACUCAUAGUCAUAAUGGUCAUAGUAGUCAUAGUAGUCAUAGUCAUGGUAGUCAUAGUCAUAGUAGUCAUAGUCAUAGUGGUCAUAGUAGUCAUAGUCAUAGUAGUCAUAGUAACAGUCAUAGUCAUAAUCAUAGUAGUCAUACUCAUAGUCAUAGUGGUCAUAGUAGUCAUAGUAGUCAUAGUCAUGGUAGUUAUAGUCAUAGUAGUCAUAGUCAUAGUAGUCAUAGUGGUCAUAGUAGUCAUAGUCAUAGUAGUCAUAGUAACAGUCAUAGUCAUAGUCAUAAUCAUAGUAGUCAUACUCAUAGUCAUAAUGGUCAUAGUAGUCAUAGUAGUCAUAGUCAUGGUAGUCAUAGUCAUAGUAGUCAUAGUCAUAGUGGUCAUAGUAGUCAUAGUCAUAGUAGUCAUAGUAACAGUCAUAGUCAUAAUCAUAGUAGUCAUACUCAUAGUCAUAGUGGUCAUAGUAGUCAUAGUAGUCAUAGUCAUGGUAGUUAUAGUCAUAGUAGUCAUAGUCAUAGUAGUCAUAGUGGUCAUAGUAGUCAUAGUCAUAGUAGUCAUAGUAACAGUCAUAGUCAUAGUCAUAAUCAUAGUAGUCAUACUCAUAGUCAUAGUGGUCAUAGUAGUCAUGGUAGUCAUAGUCAUGGUAGUCAUAGUCAUAGUAGUCAUAGUCAUAGUAGUCAUAGUGGUCAUAGUAGUCAUAGUCAUAGUAGUCAUAGUAGUCAUAGUCAUAGUCAUAGUCAUAGUCAUAGUCAUAAUCAUAGUAGUCAUACUCAUAGUCAUAGUGGUCAUAGUGGUCAUAGUAGUCAUAGUAGUCAUAGUCAUAGUAGUCAUAGUAACAGUCAUAGUCAUAGUCAUAGUCAUAAUCAUAGUAGUCAUACUCAUAGUCAUAGUGGUCAUAGUAGUCAUAGUCAUGGUAGUCAUAGUCAUAGUAGUCAUAGUCAUAGUAGUCAUAGUGGUCAUAGUAGUCAUAGUCAUAGUAGUCAUAGUAGUCAUAGUCAUAGUCAUAGUCAUAGUCAUAGUCAUAAUCAUAGUAGUCAUACUCAUAGUCAUAGUGGUCAUAGUGGUCAUAGUAGUCAUAGUAGUCAUAGUCAUAGUAGUCAUAGUAACAGUCAUAGUCAUAGUCAUAGUCAUAAUCAUAGUAGUCAUACUCAUAGUCAUAGUGGUCAUAGUAGUCAUAGUCAUGGUAGUCAUAGUCAUAGUAGUCAUAGUCAUAGUAGUCAUAGUGGUCAUAGUAGUCAUAGUCAUAGUAGUCAUAGUAGUCAUAGUCAUAGUCAUAGUCAUAGUCAUAGUCAUAAUCAUAGUAGUCAUACUCAUAGUCAUAGUGGUCAUAGUGGUCAUAGUAGUCAUAGUAGUCAUAGUCAUAGUAGUCAUAGUAACAGUCAUAGUCAUAGUCAUAGUCAUAAUCAUAGUAGUCAUACUCAUAGUCAUAGUGGUCAUAGUAGUCAUAGUCAUGGUAGUCAUAGUCAUAGUAGUCAUAGUCAUAGUAGUCAUAGUGGUCAUAGUAGUCAUAGUCAUAGUAGUCAUAGUAGUCAUAGUAAUAGUAACAGUCAUAGUCAUAGUCAUAGUCAUAGGUGUCGUAGUAAUAGUAACAGUCAUAGUCGUAGUCAUAAUCAUAGUAGUCAUAUAGUCAUAGUCAUAGUAAUCAUUGUAGUCAUAGUCAUUUUGUAAUUUAAUUAACUUUUAAAAGGUAGAGUGCCUCGCAUGGGACUUCGAGUCUCUUUUGCACUCGUGCAGUUUAGUAUGUCUUGUUUCACUGUCCAAUAAAGUUUACAAUAAUAAUAAUAAUAAUUAAAGUUUCUGUGAUUACAGUUGGAAUUCUGCAUUGGCAAAUUCUAAGUUUUGAAGGAUUUGUAAGAAAUGUUUGAGGGAACUGACUCAGCGUUAACCAAUUAGAUCAGUUUCCUCAAACAUUUCUUACAAAUCCUUCAAAACUUAGAAUUUACCCAUGCAAAAUUCCUACUGUGAUCACAGAAACUUUGAUAGUGGAAACCAUGCUUAACUCAUUACAAAUCCACAAAAACUAUUUUUCAGCAUUAGUAAUAUUGAAACCAAAACCGCCGUGCAAGAAACAGCAGAAGCUGAGUGUAAGCACACAUUUGUCAGCCAGGAAAUAAAUCAAAACGGUAAGGGAUUGAAAAUUUCUAUCUCAGUUUUGAGUGCAAAGAUUUCUUUAAUUUCCAAGUUUUAAUUUUCUUGAUGUUAUCUUUGUUUUAGGAGAAAACAAGAUUAGAUUUGGCUAUAUUGUUUCUUGGGAGGUAUUGGACACGUUGUAUUGCUUACUAUAGUUGUUUGUAUAUUAAAGUGGAAACCGUAUGUAAACAAACGGUUUGUUUACAUUUUGAACUGCUGUAUAUUUUAAAAUAUGACGCGCUGUCUGAAUAUCUAACACCAUUUUGGUUCGCUAUGCUUCUAUAUGAAUAUGAAAUAGAGUUUAUGUUCAGAAAAAUUCGAAACAUUCGAAAUUUGAGCAAUGUUUACAUUAGAGAGCCCUCACAUUGUUAUGAGCAGAACCGAUGCGCAGAACGGACUUGACUUCCACUUUAAUAAUAGCCUAUACAUGAACAAAUUUCUCAAUUCUGAUUGGCUAAGAACAGUGCAAUUUUUUAGAAAUACAGCGCCAAAAAAUGAAAUACAGUGCAAAGAAAAGAAACACAGUGCAAAAAUCAUGAACUAUUUAGGCUUUCUGAUUGGCUUAAAAUAUGAAACAAUAACAAAAAUAGCCAAUAAGAUACAGCAAUUUUCAGCAGAAACAAUGCAAAGAAACAAGAACAAAAAUUAUUUCCAUGUGAGCUACGCACAUAACUGCAUAAUGUUUUCAUGUAUAUUAUUAAUAAGUAAUAGCAUGGUUUCUCGUGCAAUUUGAAUAACAUACACUCAUGAGUUUUUCAAUUAAAGACUUCAAAUUGCACUCGUCCUUCGGACUCGCGCAAUUUUGAUCGUCUUUGAAAAACUUACUCGUGCAUUUUUUUUUUUCAAAUUACACUCGAAACCAUACUAUUACCUAUACAUAUAUUGUUCUGUAUUGUAAUAAUGGAUAAAUAUUGUACCGUCCUCUGUUUUAGCCAAGCGAUAUCGUGUGGGCGUCACGUUGGGAUACCUAUCUUGCUAUGAGUGACGUUCAAAUUCACUGGUUUUCAAUUGUCAACUCAGUUGUCAUUGCAAUAUUUCUCUCAGGUAUGGGAUUAUAACAGUCUUCUUAUUUUGCUUGUCUUAUUAUCUAUUCAUUAUGACAUUAUCCAUGUAGUUUUAAAUUUUGCUAUUUUGGUUCUUUUUGAUCAAAGCCUUGUGUAUAAAAUGUCCAAGUUACACGUACUUCCUUGUGGAAGGUCAAACUUCGGCAUUUGCUUUGCUCCUGACUUCAUUCAUGUCAGGUAGAUAUUCGUAUGUAGAACCCCCCCCCCCCCUGUUUUCAUCCUCAUCUCCCAUUUAGAUAGCGGGGAGUUUGAGUUAAUCGAAUAAAAACGAUUGAGAUAGUAUGGGCAAAUUCAUGGAUUUUCGAGAGAACCGAGUUCAGCAUAGCGGACUUCUGCUGUAUUUUCAAUAAUAUUUGAAUGGUAGAUUGGACCAGUCAUUUUCCGGGUUUCAAGUAAUACGUUCAACAUGGGUUGUAUAACAUGAUGAGUUCGUUCGUGUUUUUCUUCUUCUGGUAAAACAACUCAUCUACCGCUUGUGCUUUAUUUGUUAUCAUCGCGCUGAUUUACAAAGAGUGGGGUCUGGAUACAAUCCCUUCUCUUUUCUAGAUUUAAUUACAUGCAUGCAUCGCCCAUCAAUUUUUUGGUCAAAUUAUUCAUAUACACAUCGUGCAUCUUACAAUUUUAGGCAUCGUAUCAAUGAUUCUCAUCCGAACUCUUCGACGUGACAUCGCUAAGUACAACCAAGAAGAUGAAUUGGUAAUGACUUCUAACUGCAGUACAUACUGUAUUCAUUAACGUUUUUGAGAUGCGUAGAGUACUGUACACACGCAAAAACGCAUAAGUUGUUACAAAUUGGUUCACAAGCUGUCGACAAGUUGUGUUCGCACUGCUUGUUCCCAGUUGUUGUAACAAGUUUGGAACAAGCUGUUAACAACUUGUAACAAGAUUGAUGGCAUUAUCAGACUUGUUAAAAGGUUGUUCUAACAAGUCUGAUACAGUCAUGAUAUAACACGAAUGUUACAAGGUUGUAACAAUAUUGUUAUGUCAUGACUGCACCGGACUUGUUGGAACAAUCUUGCAACAAGUCUGGUAAUAUCAACAAGGUUGUUACAAGUUGUUAACACUGAAGUUGUUCCAUACUUGUUGACAACUUGGGACAAGCAGUGCGAACACAACUUGUUGACGGCUUGUUGGCAGACUUGCUACAAGAUGCGUGUGUACUUUAGAUUGUUCUAUCGAUAAAGAUGCCCCAAAUCUUGAAUAUUUAGCAGGAAACAGGACAUCCCGUGCCUGGAAUGCUAAAGGCAUUAAUGAGUGAUUGUCUCUUUUUAUUUUUCGUCAGGAUGACACGAUAGAAGAAAGUGGUUGGAAGCUAGUGCACGGAGAUGUUUUCCGUCCUCCGAGAUUUCGCCUUCUUUUGACAGCUUGUGUUGGCUCUGGUGUCCAACUUUUUGCCAUGGUUCUCAUCACUUUAGGUACGCUGGAAAUAUACAGAGUUAAACAGAAUCAUUCAUUUGGUUAAAUGUUUGUGUUUGUCAACCUUCUUUUCUAGUUGUGGCUAUGUUUGGCAUGUUGUCGCCUGCAAGCAGGGGAAGUCUUUUAUCAGCGGUCGUUUUUCUCUUCGUUUUUAUGGGGUGAGUUAUGCCACAAGGACACAAGUGAACUCCUUAUACUUCGAGCAUGCUAACAAACGGUACUGGCCGAAUGUUUUGACUUGGUUACUUUCCGAGUGAUGUUGCUGUUUUUGCAUGUAGACAGUAACAUGUGUAGAAUUAUUGAUUACAUGGCCAAUGAUAGGACUCAGUUUUCUCAACUCUAAUGCCCCGGUCAAACGAGAACAAGAGUUGCAUGAGAGUUGAUGAGAGUUGAUAAGCGAGAUUUUGCAUGAGAGGUUUCUCAACUCCCAUGCCCCGGUCAAACGAGAACAAGAGUUGCAUGAGAGUUGAUGAGAGUUGAGAAGCGAGAGUUUGUAUGUGAGUUUUCUCAACUCUCAUGCCCCGGUCAAACGAGAACAAGAGUUGCAUGAGAGUUGAUGAGAGUUGAGAAGCGAGAGUUUGCAUGAGAGUUUUCUCAACUCUCAUGCCCCGGUCAAACGAGAACAAGAGUUGCAUGAGAGUUGAUGAGAGUUGAUAAGCGAGAGUUUGCAUGAGAGUUUUCUCAACUCUCAUGCCCCAGUCAAACGAGAACAAGAGUUACAUGAGAGUUGAUGAGAGUUGAGAAGCGAGAGUUUGCAUGAGAGGUGUCGUGUCCCGGUCAAACGAGAACAAGAGUUGCAUGAGAGUUAACUGGAUAUUACUGGUCAAACGAGCAAAAACUCUCAUUACACAAUCCUUUCAAACCUUCAGUAUUAUUUUUGACACGGUUUAAUAAAGUGUUUUUCUUUCAGAAUGUUUGCGGGAUAUUUCUCUGCUCGUCUUUACAAAACUCUAAAUGGUCAAAAAUGGAAACGUGCCGCGCUAGUCACCGGAACUCUCUACCCAGGGGUCGUUGCCAGCUUGGCUUUCAUAUUGAACUUUUUCAUCUGGGGCAAACACUCCUCGGGAGCGGUA